AUGGCAAGCAACGAAUCUCGUGACGCCGCACCGGCCGUGACCGAUGAAGUCAUGACAGACUACAGUCGCACUGAGCAGGGCGAACCUGAAGGUCCACCGAAGACUGAUGAGGAAUAUGCCCAGUCCACGCUGACCCUUCGCGCCAUUGUUUCCUCCAAAGAGGCUGGUGUAAUUAUUGGCAAAGCUGGGAAGAAUGUGGCAGACCUACGUGACGAGACUGGUGUGAAAGCUGGCGUGAGCAAGGUCGUACAAGGUGUCCAUGAUCGAGUUUUAACCGUCACUGGACCUCUUCAAGGUACUGCCAAAGCGUACGCCAUCGUCGCCAAGGGUUUGCUUGAGGGUGCUCCUCAGCUUGGAAUGGGUGGAGUUGCUUCGAAUAACGGUACCCAUCCUGUUCGCCUACUCAUCUCUCACAAUCAAAUGGGUACGAUCAUUGGCCGUCAAGGUUUGAAGAUCAAGUAUAUCCAGGACGCUUCUGGCGUUAGGAUGGUCGCACAGAAGGAGAUGCUCCCACAGUCUACCGAACGGAUCGUCGAAGUUCAAGGUACCCCAGAAGGGAUCGAGAAGGCUGUGUGGGAAAUUGGCAAGUGUCUUAUUGAUGACUGGCAACGCGGGACUGGGACUGUCCUCUACAACCCCGCUGUUCGCGCAUCUGUAGGCGGCGGCCCACUCAAUAAUUCGCUUGGAUCUGGGGCUUCUACAGGCGGUUACGGUGGACGUUCCUACAACCGUACCGGAAAUGGUGCCGAUUUCAGCGAUCAAACGGGGGGCUAUAACCGACGUUCCAAUUCCGAUGCAGCCAGUCGUGGCAUCCCACUUGUAACUGAAGACGGAGAGGAGGUCCAAACACAGAAUAUCAGCAUCCCGUCCGACAUGGUUGGUUGCAUUAUUGGUCGCGGUGGAAGUAAAAUCAGCGAGAUUCGAAGGAGCUCAGGCGCUCGUAUUUCUAUCGCCAAGGCUCCCCAUGACGAAACUGGGGAACGUAUGUUUACGAUCAUGGGGAGCGCAGCAGCGAACGAAAAAGCUCUCUAUCUCUUGUAUGAGAACCUUGAAGCCGAGAAAAUGCGCCGCAGCCAGCAACCGCAGGAGUGA